AUGGCCGAUACUGCUGCAGCUCCUGCCCCCGCCCAGAUGCCUCCCCAGGCACAGUCAGGUGUUGGCAACUCUGGUCAAAAUGGCCAGGGAAACCCAACUCACAUGGCACCACCACCGCUACACAUCCCGCAGAACACGAACCCCAUUCCGACCGCCAUUACCUCUCCCCUUUCUGGCGGAGAUAAUAGCGGCAUGAUGUCACCGGGAGGCUCAGGCAACUUCCGACGAGCAGCCCCUGAGCCUAAUAAGCGGGCGUUGUACGUUGGGGGCUUGGACCAACGUGUGACCGAAGAUGUGCUUCGCCAAAUCUUCGAGACUACCGGUCAUGUCCAGAAUGUCAAGAUCAUUCCUGAUAAGAAUGCCAAAGGAUUCAACUAUGGAUUCGUCGAAUACGACGACCCAGGUGCCGCGGAGCGCGCCAUGCAAACUCUGAAUGGUCGGAGGGUUCACCAGUCGGAAAUUCGAGUCAACUGGGCGUACCAGUCCAAUACAUCUAGCAAGGAGGAUACUUCUAGCCACUUUCACAUCUUUGUUGGCGACCUCUCCAACGAGGUCAACGACGAAGCCCUCCACCAGGCCUUCUCUGCCUUCGGAACUGUCUCUGAAGCUCGUGUUAUGUGGGAUAUGAAAACUGGCCGCACCCGAGGAUAUGGUUUCGUGGCAUACCGGGAUAGAUCAGAUGCCGAGAAGGCGUUGAGCUCCAUGGAUGGCGAAUGGUUGGGCUCGCGAGCUAUUCGAUGCAACUGGGCCAACCAGAAGGGCCAGCCUUCUAUUGCUCAGCAACAGGCGAUGCAGGCUAUGGGCCUGACCCCUACGACACCCUUCGGCCAUCACCAAUUCCCUGCCCAUGGUGUGGGGAGUUACGAUGUGAUUUUGAACCAGACUCCCAACUGGCAAACCACUUGCUAUGUGGGCAAUCUGACGCCUUACACCACCCCCAACGACGUUGUCCCCCUCUUCCAGAACUUUGGGUUUGUUGUCGAGUCCCGAUUCCAGGCCGAUCGAGGAUUCGCCUUUAUCAAGAUGGAUACCCACGAGAAUGCCGCGAUGGCAAUCUGUCAGAUGAAUGGUUACAAUGUCAAUGGCCGACCGCUUAAAUGCAGCUGGGGUAAGGACAAGACGCCCAACGCUCAAGGAAAUUUUGACCCAGCACAGCCAUACAGUCCCCAGAGUGCCCAGGCGCCUGGCUUCCCAGGAACGCCUACCUACUAUCCUCAGUAUGGUGCUCAAUAUGGCGGCCAGCCAGGAAACUUUGCAGGACCUCAGGGAGGAUCGCCUGCAGGAUACGGCGGGUCUCCCAUGGGAUACGGCGGCCCUCAGAGUGCAGGAGGGUUUGGUCGAGGCCAACAGGGACCGAAUGGUCAAUGGAACCAACCCACACCUGGGCAAAACUUCAACAAUGGAUUUGGCGGAUAUCAGUCUUGA